GGUCCCGGAAGUCCGUCAGCCUCACCUCCCUCCGCGACGGCGCGUUCGGUCGCCGCCAUCUUGUGGGCUUCUCGUACCGUUCGAGCCGGGAGGCUGUCUUCAUACUGCACUGUUCACCGACAUUGAGGCGGACUGGCAGCCCUCAGCGUCGCAGUCAUGCCGGCCGGACCCGUGCAGGCGGUGCCCCCGCCGCCGCCCGUGGUCACCGAGCCCAAACAGCCCACAGAAGAAGAAGCAUCUUCAAAGGAGGAUUCUACACCUUCCAAGCCAGUUGUGGGGAUCAUUUACCCUCCUCCAGAGGUCAGAAAUAUCGUUGACAAGACUGCCAGCUUUGUGGCCAGAAACGGGCCUGAGUUUGAAGCUAGGAUACGACAGAACGAGAUCAACAACCCCAAGUUCAACUUUCUGAACCCCAAUGAUCCUUACCAUGCCUACUACCGCCACAAGGUCAGCGAGUUCAAGGAGGGGAAGGCUCAGGAACCCUCAGCUGCCAUCCCCAAGGUCAUGCAGCAGCAGCAGCAGGCCACCCAACAGCAGCUGCCCCAGAAGGUCCAAGCCCAGGUGAUUCAAGAGACCAUCGUGCCCAAAGAGCCCCCUCCUGAAUUUGAGUUCAUUGCUGACCCGCCAUCCAUCUCAGCCUUUGACCUGGACGUGGUGAAGCUGACGGCUCAGUUUGUGGCCAGGAAUGGCCGCCAGUUUUUGACUCAGCUGAUGCAGAAAGAGCAGCGCAACUACCAGUUUGAUUUUCUCCGUCCACAGCAUAGCCUCUUCAACUACUUCACUAAGCUGGUGGAACAGUAUACCAAGAUCUUGAUUCCACCCAAAGGCUUGUUUGCAAAGCUCAAGAAAGAGGCUGAAAACCCCCGAGAAGUUUUGGAUCAGGUGUGUUACCGGGUAGAAUGGGCCAAGUUCCAGGAGCGUGAGAGAAAGAAAGAAGAGGAGGAGAAGGAGAAGGAGCGGGUGGCCUAUGCUCAGAUCGACUGGCAUGAUUUUGUGGUGGUAGAAACAGUAGACUUCCAACCCAAUGAGCAAGGAAACUUCCCUCCCCCUACCACACCGGAAGAGCUGGGGGCUCGAAUCCUCAUUCAAGAGCGCUAUGAGAAGUUUGGGGAGAGCGAGGAGGUUGAGAUGGAGGUUGAGUCUGAUGAGGAGGAUGAGAAGCAGGAGAAAGCAGAGGAGCCUCCUUCCCAGCUGGACCAGGACACGCAAGUGCAAGACAUGGAUGAGGGUUCAGAUGAUGAAGAAGAAGGGCAGAAAGUGCCUCCACCCCCAGAGACACCUAUGCCUCCGCCUCUGCCCCCGACUCCGGACCAAGUUAUUGUCCGCAAGGACUAUGAUCCCAAAGCUUCUAAGCCCCUGCCUCCAGCCCCUGCUCCAGAUGAAUAUCUUGUGUCCCCUAUUACGGGAGAGAAGAUCCCUGCCAGCAAAAUGCAGGAACACAUGCGCAUUGGACUUCUUGAUCCUCGCUGGCUGGAGCAGCGAGAUCGCUCCAUCCGUGAGAAGCAGAGUGAUGAUGAGGUGUACGCACCAGGUCUGGAUAUUGAGAGCAGCUUGAAGCAGUUGGCCGAGCGUCGUACCGACAUCUUUGGUGUAGAAGAAACAGCCAUUGGUAAGAAGAUUGGUGAGGAGGAGAUCCAGAAGCCAGAGGAAAAGGUGACCUGGGAUGGCCACUCAGGUAGCAUGGCCCGAACCCAGCAAGCUGCCCAGGCCAACAUCACCCUCCAAGAGCAGAUCGAGGCCAUCCACAAGGCCAAGGGCCUGGUGCCAGAAGAUGACACCAAAGAGAAGAUUGGUCCCAGCAAGCCCAAUGAAAUUCCCCAGCAGCCACCACCUCCAUCUUCUGCCACCAAUAUCCCCAGCUCGGCCCCACCCAUUACCUCAGUGCCCCGACCACCUGCAAUGCCACCUCCUGUCCGUACUACAGUUGUGUCUGCAGUGCCUGUCAUGCCCCGGCCCCCAAUGGCAUCUGUGGUCCGGCUGCCCCCAGGCUCAGUGAUCGCCCCUAUGCCGCCCAUAAUCCACGCGCCCAGGAUCAAUGUGGUGCCGAUGCCUCCUUCUGCUCCUCCUAUCAUGGCACCUCGCCCACCCCCCAUGAUUGUGCCAACAGCCUUUGUGCCUGCUCCACCUGUGGCACCCGUCCCAGCUCCAGCCCCAAUGCCUCCUGUCCACCCCCCACCUCCCAUGGAAGAUGAACCUGCCUCCAAAAAACUGAAAACAGAGGACAGCCUCAUGCCCGAGGAGGAGUUUCUGCGCAGGAACAAGGGUCCAGUGUCCAUCAAAGUCCAGGUGCCCAACAUGCAGGAUAAGACAGAAUGGAAACUGAAUGGACAGGUGCUGGUCUUCACACUCCCACUCACAGACCAGGUCUCUGUCAUUAAGGUGAAGAUUCAUGAAGCUACAGGCAUGCCUGCAGGGAAACAGAAGCUGCAGUAUGAGGGCAUCUUCAUCAAGGAUUCCAACUCACUGGCUUACUACAACAUGGCCAAUGGUGCCAUCAUCCACCUGGCCCUCAAGGAGAGAGGCGGGAGGAAGAAGUAGAAGAGAGGAACCUACUUUCAGGUCCCGGCCAUUUUUGCCUAUCCUGUCCCCCGCCCCAGACCUAGAAGGCCGACCUGGGGCCUGCAUAUUUGUCUUCCUCUUACUCAGUUUGAGAAUUCAAAUUGUCCUAUUCAUUUCCCCCAUCCCUUUCCCACAUUUGUAAGAGUAGCAGUAGCUACUCUCUAGAAUCUCUUUGUAUUAGGGUCUUGAUUUGAGGGUAUUCAUUUCUUUGGGUAGUACAUUAGGACUGAGAGCACGGGGAUGUCCUGCAGAAUAGUUGUAUCGGCCAAGUGGUUGUUGUCAUUAAUCAUUUUGUAUCUUGUCAUGAUGGGCUGUCUAAUAAACCUCUUGGACCAUUCUUGUGAAA